CCAUAAGGGGAGGAGGGCAGUUCUCGUGAUGCUGAGCUCGGUCGGCGUGGACUUCCACACCGAGGCCUGUCUCUAAACACGCACAAAUAAAAGGCGUUGGUGGGGGGGGAAUCCUUUUCUUGUGACCACGCGGGUCGUGAAUCGCUCGCGCCCGGCAGCGCGUGAGCAGAGCGGCCGAGGAGGGGAGCGGAAACCGGGCAGGCGGAUGUGAAGCGGGUCCAGACACAUGAAUAAGAUAUGAACGUUCUAACGCAGCCUGGCAACAUCGCGGACGACGCCAUGAGGCGACAGACCUGGCAACCGUGAUUCCCAAAUCGGAAUAAAACCACGAAGCGACGCGAGUAACGGGAGCUUUUGGCGUCACUGCGAGCGGAGGCUGGAUCACCGAGGUGCGGUGCCGCUGCGCACCGGCUCCGGAGCGCCCGACCCCGGCCUGGCAGCCGAUGACGAGUCGGUGGCGUUCGGGCUAUACGGAGGUCCGUCGUCCAUGAUUGAACGACUUCUUCGGGGGUUUUCUUUUUGAGAUACUCGCUUGCAGGUGUGGCGAUGGACCACGUUUUGAAAUCGCGUCAUCAAAGGUCUUCCACCUCCUACCCCCCCUCUCCUCCCCACGGAUCAUAACGUCGUCCCGCCAUCCAGACAGACAGACCAGCAGAUGGAUUCCCGGGUCCCAUCUCAUCCUUAGCACCUUGUCUCACCUUCUGGCUGCCUUCUGCUCAUCUUCCAUCUCCACCGCUUCCCGGUGUCAUAACUGCUACCUGCAUGGUUUACAAGCUACUUUAGGGCCCUCUCACACCAACACCACCACCAACCCCCCUUCUCUCUCUCUGGCUUCUUGCCCCCUCCCUUUCCUGUCCCCAUCUUUCCUGGAAACCAUGGCGAUGGCCGCCACUGCCAAUGCCUCCUCCAGUCCCUCGUCCCCGUCGUCCUCAUCCUCUACCAACGGCAGCGCCCGGGAGCACCUGCUGGCGGUGCGUCGGCGCACCCCCCACACCCGGCCGUACACGAUUGGCCCGGAUAACCUCCGCACCCUGUCUGAUCAGGGCCCGGUCCAGGAAGCGGGAGACGCUGUACCCUCCUCCCCCACUACGUCGUCAGGGAGCCAACAAGAAACCGCGGGAGUUGGGCUCCAGCGGGCCAAUAGCGACACAGACCUGGUGACGUCCGACAGCCGCUCUUCACUUGCGGCGUCUUCGUACCAGCUGACUCUAGGCCACAGCCACCUGGUAAUCUCCUGGGACAUCAAGGAGGAAGUAGAUGCCACCGACUGGAUCGGCCUGUACCACAUUGAUGAGACGAGCGUGGCCAACGUGUGGGACUCCAAGAACCGUGGCGUGAAUGGCACCCAGAGAGGGCAGAUCGUGUGGAGGCUGGAGGCGGAUCCCAACUUCAUGGAGCCGGAGACCAAGAUCUGCUUCAAAUACUAUCACGGCGUAAGUGGAGCGUUGAGAGCGACGACGCCGUGUAUCACCGUCAAGAACCCUGGAGUGCCGGUGGGCGGAGAAGGCCAAGCGGAGGACCAAUCAGUGACUGAGCACUGUCGUAAACUAGUCAGCUUCACCUUAUCUGACAUUCGGGCCGUGGGUCUGAAGAAGGGCAUGUUUUUUAACCCGGACCCCUACCUGAAGAUGUCGAUUCAGCCCGGGAAGAGGAGCGGCCUCCCCAAGUUCACCCACCACGGCCAAGAGAGACGCUCCUCCAUCAUAGCCAACACCACCAGCCCGGUGUGGCACGGCGAGAAAUACACCUUUGUGGCUCUGAUGACUGACGUGUUGGAGGUGGAGGUGAAGGAUAAGUUUGCCAAGAGCCGACCAAUCAUCAAGCGGUUUCUGGGUCAGCUGAUCAUCCCUGUGCAGAGGCUUCUGGAGGGGCCGACCACUGACGAUCAGCCGGUCAGUCACAGCCUGUGUCGUCGUCUCCCUACGGACCACGUGAGUGGGCAGCUUUCCUUCAGGGUGGCCGUCACCUCCACAGGACAUGAAGAAGCCUCCCCGGAGGCUAUGGGAGCCGUCUUAGGGGCAGUGAACGGUGACUCUGGGAGUCCCUCAGACGACGAAGACCUCCCUCACCAAUCCUCCUCAUCGCGCGGUGCAUACAGACCUUCUCCAAGAGGCCCAGAUGAAGGCUCCAGGUUGGUCAAUGGUCCUUGUUACUAUGGAGACGACAGCAUUUGGCGGGAGCCUGCAGAGGAGGAUCUGCUCGCUGUGUCCCUGGGCUGCCACACCCACCGGCAGGUGUCUCUCAACGACUACCUGGACACCAUUGAGGCUCCGAGGAGCCCUGGUGAGCGACCACACGCGGGGCCUUCGCCAAAGCUCCGCUCCAGCUUUCCGACAGACACGCGGCUCAAUGCCAUGCUGCACAUAGACUCGGAUGAGGACGAGGAGACGGCGGGACAGCACAGGGAGACACCCCAGGAGAUAAGGACACAGGACAGCACAGACUCAGCCUUAUCACAGAGGCGGGCUACUUCUGAAUCUCCCCAGGGAAAUGAGGGUUCAGGACGGAGCGGAGCUGGAGCCGGGGCCACAGCAGAGGCAGGUUCCUCUGCCAGGAUUCAGCCUGGAACAGAACCGGGAGACGAGGCUACAGAAGCACAGGCAGGAACAUCGACAGCUGCUGAGCCUGCAGCCGGGACCGGAGCUGCACGCGUGACCGGAGAAGCUCCCACUUCCACUUCUAGCUCGUCUCAGGCAUCGGGGACUGAUGUACAAGCAGCAGCAGCUGGGCAGGUGGGGGCUGUGGGCGAAUGCACCUGUCAGCAGCAAAGCAGUAGGAUGGGGGCAAACCAGGAGUUACCGUGCAAUAUCUCACUGGGUCUGCUUUCCCCCAUUCAGGAGGUGGAGACCAGAAAAGAAGUGGCUCCGAAGGCAGAGGAGGAAGGGGAGUCUUCCAGCAGUGAGGCAAAUGGACCAGUAGCAGCACCUGCUCCGAGGAGCAGCAUCUUAGCUAACCAAGGAGGAGGGACUUCUGAUGUUGGAGCGAGAGGCGGGGGCGGUCGGGAGGAGCAGGAGGAGGGGGAGGUGUGGAGGAGGAGGCAGUCAAUGCAGACCUUCGGAGGCACGGCCCAAAGCCAGGAGGCGUGUGGGGCCAGAGGCAGUCAGAACGGAGCAGUGGGGGUGGAGAGAGACACAGACUGGGAGGCUCGUAUUGACAGCCACGGUAGGAUCUUUUACGUGGACCAUGUGAACAGAACCACAACUUGGCAGCGUCCCACCGCCCCCCCCGCCCCGCAGACGCUCCAGAGGUCCAGCUCCAUUCAACAGAUGGAGCAGCUGAACCGCAGGUAUCAGAGUAUACGUAGGACGAUAACCAAUGACAGCAGACCGGAGGAGCAGCCAGCUAAUGAGCUGCUGGCAGAUGAGACUGACUUGCAACCCUCCACACCAGAGGUGCGUAGGGACAACGGCGUGGCUCAGUCUAGUCCCAGGUCUCGCCUCACUCUACUGCUUCAGUCGCCCAGUGCGAAGUUCCUCACCAGCCCCGACUUCUUCACUGUGCUGCAUUCCAACCCUAGUGCCUACCGUAUGUUCACCACCAACACGUGUCUGAAGCAUAUGAUCAGUAAGGUUCGCCGGGAUGCGCACCACUUUGAGCGCUACCAGCACAACAGAGACCUGGUCGCCUUCCUCAACAUGUUCGCCAACAAACAGCUGGAGCUGCCGAGAGGCUGGGAGAUGAAGCACGACCACACCGGCAAGUCUUUCUUCGUGGACCACAACUGCCGGGCCACCACCUUCAUCGACCCCCGGCUCCCUCUUCAGAGCACUCGGCCCCCGAGCCUCCUGGCCCACCGCCAGCACCUGACUCGCCAGCGCAGCCACAGCGCCGGGGAGGUCAGCCCGCGGCGACAGGUUGGCGAUGAGCCCCGUCGCGCCGGCCCGCCCGUCCUGCCGCGUCCUUCCAGUACCUUCACAACACCCAACAGGGGGCAGUGCCCAGACGUCGUGCCAGUGGCUUACAAUGAGAAGAUCGUGGCGUUUCUUCGACAGCCAAACAUCUUUGAGAUUUUGCAGGAGAAGCAGCCUGAAUUUCACAGGAACCAUUCACUCAGGGAGAAGGUGCAGCUCUUACGCACAGAUGGAGGUUCAGCAUUGGCCCGGCUGUCAGGGGAUGCUGAUCUCGUCAUGCUACUGAGUCUGUUUGAAGAUGAAGUGAUGUCCUAUGUGCCUCCUCAUGCCUUACUUCACCCAAGCUACUGCCAGUCACCCCGGGGAUCCCCCGUCUCCUCCCCACAGAACUCGCCCGGCACCACGAGGGCGAACGCCCGAGCCCCAGCGCCCUACAAGAGAGACUUUGAGGCCAAACUGCGCAACUUCUACAGGAAACUGGAAACCAAAGGCUACGGCCAAGGACCAGGGAAGCUAAAGUUGAUCAUCCGCCGUGAUCAUCUGCUCGAGGAUGCCUUCAACCAGAUCAUGUGCUACUCCCGCAAAGACUUGCAGCGCAGCAAGCUCUACGUCAGCUUCGUCGGGGAGGAGGGGUUGGACUACAGUGGGCCGUCCAGAGAGUUCUUCUUCUUGGUUUCCAGGGAGCUGUUCAACCCUUAUUAUGGUCUGUUUGAGUACUCUGCGAACGACACCUACACCGUCCAGAUCAGCCCAAUGUCCGCUUUUGUAGACAAUCACCACGAAUGGUUCCGGUUCAGUGGUCGUAUUCUGGGUUUGGCUCUGAUCCACCAGUACCUGCUGGAUGCCUUCUUUACCCGACCCUUCUAUAAAGGCCUACUGCGCAUUCCCUGUGACCUGAGCGACCUGGAGUACCUGGACGAGGAGUUCCACCAGUCCCUUCAGUGGAUGAAGGACAACGACAUUGAGGACAUGCUGGACCUCACGUUCACCGUAAAUGAAGAGGUCUUCGGACAGAUAACAGAAAGGGAACUGAAGGCCGGUGGAGCCAACAUCCCAGUGUCGGAGAAAAACAAGAAGGAGUACAUUGAGCGGAUGGUGAAGUGGAGGAUCGAGAGGGGGGUGGUGCAGCAGACCGACAGCCUGGUCAGAGGUUUCUACGAGGUGGUGGAUGCCAGGCUCGUAUCGGUGUUUGACGCGAGGGAACUGGAGCUGGUGAUCGCCGGCACGGCUGAGAUUGACUUAUCCGACUGGAGGAACAACACGGAGUACAGAGGAGGUUACCACGACAACCAUAUUGUGAUCCGGUGGUUCUGGGCAGCAGUGGAGAGGUUCAACAAUGAACAGAGACUACGGCUCCUGCAGUUUGUAACCGGGACAUCCAGCAUUCCCUACGAGGGCUUUGCUUCUCUGCGAGGCAGCAAUGGACCCCGCAGGUUCUGUGUGGAGAAGUGGGGGAAGGUCUCCGCACUGCCCAGAGCCCAUACCUGUUUCAAUCGGCUGGACCUGCCACCAUACCCCUCCUUCUCAAUGCUGUAUGAGAAGAUGCUGACGGCCGUGGAGGAGACCAGCACCUUUGGGCUGGAAUGAUUCUCGCCACCGACACAGAUUUCAGCUUUCCUCAUUAAUGGUGGUCAUCAGGAGAAAAGGGGAAGCCACAGUGGACUAUGGUUCAAAAACCUGGAUUUAAAGUAAAUUGUGUUUGAUUCAUAAUUGGCUGUCAUUUACAGAUAAGACCAUUGAGAGAUGCGCUCUGAACCUGGGAAAUGACCCAUGUACACAGUUAAAGACUUGUUUUUUGUUGCACCUGAACACAUGUCCAACCUACUUAGUAACACCCUUUCACCUCUGUGAUGUGACGAAUGGAGACCCGCACUGCCUUUGGGACCAGAAAUAGUGACUGUUGGGGUUUGACCAAUCUGAGAUUGUGAUGAUUUUUUUUUUUCACUUUCUCUUUGAUAGAGGAGUUUCAAAUGUACACAAUCACUGCCUUCAAUGCAGACACUCAGUGGAAUGAGACUCAUUUAUUCUAGUGUGGAUAGACCUAAAAUGUACACAAUAUCCAGAAGUGGGUUUCUCGCAGUUCAUUCAACAUUUUUAAGGUUUUUGCAAUUUUACCCUGAACUUCUACAGUAGAUUUUGGCUUUGGUAUUUUACAGUAUUUUCAUCUACAAGAAAAAGUGAUUUUCUAAUAAUAUGGCAGUGACAUGUUGUGGUUUGAAUGUGAAAAACUUCAUGAUGUAGACUGAUUUUUGUACCAGUUUUAGAUCAAUUGGCAAAAAAAGGAUGUGGCCACCACUCCAGGAGUUCAAGAAGCAACACUCACUUUUGUAAAACUAUCAAUUUACUUGGAUCUUCCCUGAUUGUUUCGCUUUGAUCCAGGUCAAUUUUCAAAGUUUGUUAAAAGUAGUUUACACUCAAGGGGUGUGAUUGAAAGAAAAAUGUACAUCCAACAUGAAUCGAAUGUCUAUAUUUCAGAGGCGGAUGUAGAAAAUGGGUUGGUUAAAAAGCCUCGCUGGGGGGCCGAGGAGGGGGGUGGCUGUCUACGUUUUAGGGCACCAGCAGAGCACUUAAAAAAUACAAAUUGUGUAUAUGUUUUGUUUUUACUCAUUUAAAGAUAUUUAUAUCAUUAUCAUUUAUUACUUUGCAAAGUGAUGGUUGUUGAAUUUUUCUAUUGUGGGAGUGUUUUUCGACUGUCAAUGCAUCAAAAUCAUGUGAUCUGGUGGACCCCUUACGAGGGAGAACCAUAUAUAUUUCAGUUACCUAAUUUGACAUUAUUUCUACCUUUACUGCCACUGUGCGACAAGGCAUAUUUCCUUUAAAUCCCAGUUACAAAUAUAGUUGUUACAUGCAUGAAGAAAGUAUUAGCAUCAAUAUAUAUUGUUUACAAUUUGUGCACAUUGUAUUAUUCUAAAAGUUCAGUACUGGGGCGAUUUUAAUCUAAUUUCUUAACUAUUUCAUGUACUUCUGGAGUCUACUACAGUUGGCAUUGAUUAUCUCCAGCCCCCCCUGCUUAGUAGCAUAAACUGUUACAGAUGGUUAGAUUGGUGUACUCGGUAAAUAACUACCAACUUAAGUUCACGUGCAGUGGAGUAAGAAGUCCAUCUUCUUGCUGCGUAGCACAAGUAAUAAAAUUCUCAAUACUCAAGGAAAAAUAGCUCAAAUUAUAGUUGAGUAAAUUUAACUCUGAACUUUACGAUAGUUAUUGCGAUAUUUCCUACUGAACCCGCAGUAGACCGACCACCAUUGCCUUCCGUUCCUCCAUGUUGUAGCAUGGCUAACGGGAAAUAUGGAACAGCUUACUUUCAGCAUCAACGGUAACCUUUUAGCUAACGUAACCAUAAGGUUCUGGCUUUGGAUAUUGGGCGUUAUCAGUCAUCGAUUGUCACCGUAUUUCUCAACUGGUUCUAUUUGGACGGAUCAGUGAAGUGUGAGAGAGAAAAUUACAUUUUUUCAAAAGUAAGGACAACCCCAAUUGUAUUGGUGAGCAGCCCCCCCCCUCAUAUCAGCCAACCAAAACUAAAUCCCCGAGCCGCAACGGCUGCUGGUGUCAAAAUCACGUCAGGUAAUUGGAUUUCAAGACGCUAUUUAAGUGAAUGUAUUAUGUGGGCUACUCACAGAAAAUGACCAUGAAAUAUGACAACUGAUUUUGUCGAGUCAAGGACCUGUUUACAUUUUUAACAAAUGUACACUCAUUCAGAUUACAAAAUCUAAUAUCAUUUUGUUAUGCGUUUUCCUUUGCCAAUUCAGUUUAAUUAAAUUAGGAUCAAACAAUUGCAACCUUAUAAUGAAAAUAUAUUCUUGCCAUCACUGAACGCACUGCCCUUCGUCAGUCACACCAGAAUGUACCAAAGUUUUGAGCCUUACCCGGCUGCCACACAUGUAACUAAUCCAAACCACCACCUGUACAGGCCACCUCACCUUUGAAUAUGAAUGUUUGUCAGCACUCUGCUCCUAAAUAUAAAAUGUUAUCACUAUGCAAGUUUUUCCUUCUUCUUUCCAUGUCACUUUCCUCUGAGUAAAACAAAGCAAGAUCAGAUGAAAAUUCA